AAUUAGAGGGGGUCACACCAGCAGCAUAUAAAGACUACCAGGACUUUGAAAAGGCGAAACAUUUUAAAACUUCAGGCAGCAAAGGAGGACGUGUAUUUGGCAAAUAGCCUAGUCUGAAAUUGUUGUGCAUAUAAGUAUUCGUUUAUUUGUAUUUGUGUGUGUGUUCCAUUUAUUCUCCAUACAUUAAAAAAGGCAGAUGGACAUCUGAAAUUGCGCACCGACUAGCCUACUUAUAUUUCGCAUUUUUUAGAUAAACCUCACAGAUUUGUGGCACCAUGGGUUCCGUGUUGCCCGCUGAAGCAUUGGUGCUGAAGUCUGGAUUUAAGCAACAGAGUUUGUCUCUGUCUGAAAUUAUCACCUCGGACAUUCUCCAUAGUUUUCUCUAUGGUAGAUGGAGGAACGUGCUUGGGGAACACCUUUUGGAGGAGAAGAUAAACGUCAGUCCCAAAACAGCUUUCACCGCAGAGGUCCUUGCGCAAUCAUUCUCAGGGGAGGUUCACAAGCUCUCCAGUCUGGUGCUGCCAAGUGAAGUGAUAAUAGCCCAGAGCUCCAUCCCUGGCGAGGGCUUAGGAAUCUUCUCCAAGACCUGGAUCAAAGCUGGGACAGAGAUGGGGCCUUUUACUGGCCGAGUCAUCUCUCCUGAGCAUGUGGAUCUCUUCAAGAACAACAACCUCAUGUGGGAGGUGUUCAAUGAGGAUGGUACUGUGCGCUACUUCAUUGAUGCCAGUCAGGAGGAUCACCGCAGCUGGAUGACCUAUAUCAAAUGUGCCCGCAACGAGCAGGAGCAGAACCUGGAAGUUGUGCAGAUUGGCAGCAGUAUCUUCUACAAAGCUAUGGAGACCAUUCCCCCCGACCAGGAGCUGCUAGUGUGGUAUGGAAACUCACAUAACACAUUCCUGGGGAUACCCGGAGUUCCAGGAAUAGAGGAUGACCAGCAGAAAAAGAGCAAAACCGAUGAGUUUCAUAUUUGCGACGGCUCCACCUCCUCGUCCUCUGCCCUGCCUACCACCGCUAGCCGGAUGCGCUGUGUCAUCUGCCACCGGGGCUUCAACUCUCGCAGCAACCUGCGUUCCCACAUGCGCAUCCACACCCUGGACAAGCCAUUUGUAUGUCGCUUUUGCAAUCGGCGCUUCAGCCAGUCGUCCACCCUGCGCAACCACGUGCGCCUGCACACUGGCGAGCGGCCAUACAAGUGCCACGUGUGCCAGAGUGCCUACUCUCAGUUGGCAGGACUGCGGGCACACCAGAAGAGCGCCAGACACCGGCCCGGUGGUGCUGGGGGAGUGGUGGUGGGCCUCCACCAGGCACACUCCCCCCCACCCCCCCAGAUGACCACGGUGCCCCACCCAGCCUCUCUGGUGCACCACAUCCCCACCAUGGUCCUGUGAAGGAAAGCCUUGUACAUUCAUUCCAAUAGGCACAUCCCCUCGACAGUGAUGAUCGUACUGCAAAAUGUGAUGCUUUUCUACAAGUCUGCACUUCCUUGCACAUAUUUGAUGUAAAUUAACUGGCUGUAGUGGUGUCACUGUUAGAGCUACCGGCAAAUGGACUUUCUGAUCACAUAUAAUAGUUUGGCCCUCACAAUUUCUCUUUUACAAUGCACUAUGUAGGACGAAGGUGAUCUAGGUACUGGAAUUCUGUUAACUUACUGUCAAAAAUGUAACUAGACCUGAUGUUGUCACUGUGACCGUUCUUGUGAGAUUAAGUUUAAUCUCUGUGUAUUAAUCAACUAUGGAUGACCACAGUUGAUUAAUAUAUAUAUAUAUUUGGGUCCAUAAUAUACAGUACUGUAUGUAGUGUAUUGAUUGGUCAUGCCAGGUACCGUCAUACUGAUAACAUAUAGAAAUCCAUUUAUUUUAUAGAUAUUUAAAAAAUCUACAGGUCAAGUUCUGAAUGGUUUAACAUUUUGAAGUUAUUGGAAGUUAUUUUUCACUCUUACCAGUGCAUGGGACAAUAUCUGUCUACUCAGUGACGACAAGUCUUGGGAUGUUCUUGUACAUCUUCAGAGGUACUGUAUCUGGGAGGCAAAUGUAGUUCACUUUUGUUUGCAUGCAGUUUUUUCUUUUUGAAAAUAAUGCUAUUUGUUUAUUUCCACCUGAAUGAGGUAGCCCAGGCUGACAGUCAAAUUGAUUUGUACAAACAAGAUCUGGGUUUGGGAGUACAUUCACACGUUCAUAACAUUGAUUAACUCAUAUUUUUGACUAUUGUAACAAUAAUUGUAUAAUUUGCCACCGUAAUGGAUGAAGGAUCAUUUGAACUGGUCACUUAACAGGAUUUUCCAGACUCUCCCAAUAACCAUUAGCUUUGUUGUGUCCCAGUCAGGGAAUAGAAUGAUUCAUGACGUGUAAAAACACUAUAUAAGAUGUAAAUAUAAUCCUAAAAUGUACUCUAUUUCCAGAAUUAUUGAACAGUCACUUUAUCUCUACAUGUACAGUAUGUAUAACUUAAAUUACAAAGCGGGGUGCAGUGUAUUACCUAUACUAUGUUUGCAUAUAUAAAUUACUUUGUAUUUUCACCUAGUACUCCAAAUAAAUCAUUGUAACCUU